UGAGGUCAAUCUGCUGGAGUCCUCUGGAUGUUCCAAACCUGAGACAGUUUUACUCCCAAGGCUGUCCAAACCUUCCCGAAGCUAACACCGAGUGUUUCAGACAUGUGGAGAGAGAGGAAAGUGUUUAGAAAGCGGACACAGCCUUUCACCUUCAAGCUUGAGUAUUAUUUGUGACUUCUUAGCUCGAUGUUUUUACUAUGUACUGUCAGUGUUUCAUUGAUCUUGUUGUUAAGUUGCAUUCAUCAAAAGUUAAAGAAAGAGUUCAACUUCAAAGACUUUGUUAUAAUCUCAAGUAGGGCUCAAGAGGCAAAAAAGAUGGAGACGACGCUGUUUAAUGACGGUGGAGAAGACCCUUGGCUUGCUCCAGACAAAUUCUACCAUGUAAUAUUCUGCUUCACCAUCUCUCUCCUCUUCUCAACUCUCGCUUCUCUCUCCCGCUACUCCUUCCUACGGCGUCACUCCAUCUGGAUCGGAUCUGCGUUCUCACUCGCCGCCGGUGCGGCUAAAGAAGCUGCCGAUCAGUUCGGUAUCUUCCCUUCCGCAGGUGCCUCCGCGAGAGACGCCGUCGCGGACUCCGUUGGAGUGGUCAUCGCUGCUUUGCUUCUCUUCCUUUGGAAAUCUCGAAGAUCACGUCCGGAUCCGGGUCAAUCCCGACCCAUCCUGCCCAUUUGAAUGUACUGUAUUAAUAAAGAGGAUUAAAUGAGAUUUGAAUUUUUGAGUUUACAGUUGAGAAAACGAUGUUUACUUUCACUGAAUUCAAGAUAAAAUCUCUUUGUUCAUC